AGGAGCCGACUUUGCUCGUUCGGUGUUUAUAAAUUGACCCUGGUGCUCUUCGUGGAACGCUCGGCUCAGGGACUCGGGCGGGGAGGAGGAGGAGGAGGAGGAGGAGGAUAAAGGAGAGCAGCGAGGUGAUCGGCUGUUAGGGUUUCUAAUAUUGCGGCAUCCUUUUCCGAGUUGGGAAUCCUUCUUGGGUUGAUCUUUCGAUCUCUCUUCGCAGCGACGUCUACACAACAAGGUUCAACAAGAGUCAUAUCACCAUCUGAAAUGGAGGUAUUUGGCAAAUCUAUGAUUGCCGAGUCAAGCAAUGUGAUUUAUUUGUCCAGUAUUCUUAACAAGGAAGGGCCAAUCCCAAGUCACAAAUGUGACAACAGAUGCCAAAAUGCUCUUGUGUUUGGGAAUGUGUACCAGUGCAAAUUAACAGGGUUGACACACAUCUGCGAUAAGAAUUGUAACCAGAGGAUUUUGUACGAUAACCAUAAUUCUCUCUGCAGAGUGAGUGGGCAGAUUUUUCCUCUUUCACCGACAGAAGAGCAGGCAGUUAGAGGAGUGCGGAGAAAAUUGGAAAUGACUAAUUCUGAUGGUUGUGCUUUUAAGCGUAGGCGAGAUGCCCAGCUGCAUCCUUCUCCUUUUGAGAGGACUUGCUCUGCAGUAUCUCCAAUAUGCAGUCAAAUUGGAGAUGGCAUGGAUAUGAGUUAGAGCUGAUUAGCCCCAUUUCCCUUCUCUCUCUCUCUCUCUGUCUUUUUUUUUUUAAUUUUCAUUUCUCCAUACCAUUUAUGUUGUGGAUGGAAAAGGACCUUUCGAACAAUACAUGGAGGCAAGGAGGAACUUUGUAGUAACUUCCAAAUGAAAGUUUGAAACUAUAUUCCUGUAACGGUUUAACUUUGAACUUCUCAUUGAGAGGACAAUAAGUCUUGGGAAUCAAAUAUCUAGGUUUACCUUA